GGCUCUCUCCUAUGCCCACUGCCAGCAGCUCACAGCCUGGAGUGGCUGGGCCCCUGGGAGCGGCUCUUUCCCACAGGCUGGGCGCAGGCCUAAGGAGUGGGGUCCAGGGCCUGGGAGCUCAGCGUGAAUCAGGGGCCUCUCUUUUUACUGUGGAUUUGGGCCUGGGAGCCAAAGAGCUCCCUCCUCGACCUCCCGAAUCCCCUGGCAACUUCCCAGUCACGGCAGGUUCCGCUGCCAGAGCCAUUUAUAACUCCCAUUCCAGGCUGUGCUCGGCAGUGGAGCUCCCUGGAGAGCCGGGGGAGGGGCAGACCACUGCUGGGAGCUGUGGGCCUGGGUACGGAGGCCCUGACCUGAGCCCACGAAUGCAGAGUGAUGGCAGGCAGGCCUCGUGGGGUGGGGGCUCAGGGCCUUCUAUGUGUCAUCUCCUCUUUGGACCUUAGCGCUGGGUCUGGGGGGCCUCAGGGGGCCGAGUCCCUGAUGAGCAGGCAGGAAGAGAAGGAUGCAGACCUGGACCGGAGAAUAAUCGCCCUUCGAAAGAAGAACCAGGCCUUACUUCGCAGGUACCAGGAGAUCCAGGAAGACCGUCGGCGGGCGGAGCAGGGGGGCAGGGCUGUGACCACGCCGGAGCUCCUCCGACCCGACGGCCUUACCAUCACCAUCAGCCAGGUUCCCGGUGAGAAGCGGGUGGUCAGCCAGAACUGGGCAAGAAGCACCCGUGGGCCUGGAGCGGCCAAUGAGGUGCUCACGGAUGAGGAGCUGGAGGCUCACACAGACACCUUCUGCUUAGGGGAGCGGGUGGAGCUGGCCGUGACCAUGGAAAACAAAGCUGAGGCCAAGCGGAUUGUAAGCGAGAAGCACACCAGAGCAAGAAGCCAGGGAGCAGAAGGGCCUCCUGGAGGGGCCUUGGGUCAGAGCUGCUCUGUGCAGAUGGAUGUCAGUUUGGAUUCUACACGAAAGGGUGCCUGGGAGCCCCGGAGUCCAGGCCUGGUCCCCGGCUCAGCUCCCCACCAGCCAGUGUGGGGAGCCAUGGAGGGGGACUGGGACUAUGCCCAGUGGAAGCAGGAGCGGGAGCAGAUCGACCUGGCCCGCCUCGCCCGGCACAGAGAUGCACAGGGUGACUGGCGCCGCCCAUGGGACCUGGACAAGGCCAAGUCCACGCCGCAGGGCUCCAGCAAACCUCGGGAGGAGGGCCAGGGAAGGGCGGGCAGCACCAGGGGUCCCAGGAGCCACCGGAGGCUGCAGCCCCCACAAUUGCCCCCUGAUGGCAAGGGUGGUACUACUCGGGGUGGGCAGUCUAGCAGAUCCUUGGCGGCACCAGCCAUAUGCAGCAAAGCUCGAGGGACGGAUAGGCUGACUGGCAGGGCCCGAAGGUGGGAGACAAAGGAAGAGAAGGAGGAGGUGGAGAGCCCGGAGGGAAGUCAAAGCACUGGCCAGACUCUGAACAAGAAGGAGCAGGCACAGACACAGAACGGGAUGGAGCAGAGCAGGCCCCCGAGUGCCCCAGCAACCAGCCCAUCUCCAGCAUCCCCAGAGGGGCCAAAGGGGGAGUCAGGAGCUUCAACAGCCAGUCCGGUCCCUGGCUCUCCACAAACCUCUGACUUGGUUCCCCUUGACCUCUCUCUAGGAGGCACCAGUAGCCCUGGGCCUGGGAAGAGCGUGGGUGUGCUCAGUCCAAGGCCUGGUGCCCAGGAGAGCCCAGUGUCCCGGUCACAUGGUUCUGAGAAGCCCCUAGGGUGGGAGGAUCCCCAGGCUGAGCAGGAAGUCCAGACUUGCUCUGAGUCACAAAGAGGAACAGGGCCCUCAGAACCCAGAAAAGACGGGCCUGGCAAGGCUGGGGCCCAGCAGGGCCUGACACCACGAUGCAGGCCCCCCAGAGGAACUGGCCAAAAAGUGAGGGGCAGAGGAGGUGUGAGGGGCAGGAUGGGGGUCCCUGGCCCCACAGGGAGAUGCUGAACAAAGCUCCUGGGAGCAGGGGGACCAGGCUGGGGAGAGGAGGAGGGAAGAACACAGUCAAGAGCCUUCUUUGUGAUGGGCGUCUUGUUGCUGGUGGCUUGUGGCAGCCUGGCUGUAUGGUUUGGCAAAUUCUCCGGCCCAGUGACAUUGUGAGGGCAAGGAGCUGUCCUUCCCUGCACCUCAUGGGCACACACCUCCGUAGACAAGUGUGUUUGCACCUGCAGGCACAGCCCCGGGUGUAUUCCUGUGCCAUACCUUGUCUCUGAGGCUAGUAAGCCAUGUCUUGCUUGGGUCUACUGCUGCCUAGGCCGUAAGCUUCCCCCAGCCCCGCCAUCCCCCAGGACAAGAAAGCAAGGCUGAGAAGCACUGAGCCCCUGGCUUGCAUGGCCUCCCUUUCCAGCUGCCACCUUCCAGCUCCUCGGGUGCAGGCAGCCUCAGCAGCUGGCAUGGCCAGGCCAGGCCAGGCCUAGGCCCUUCCUCGCCUCUGCCUUGCACCCAGGUGGCUCACAGCCCCAGACUCAGGAUGGCCAAACCAGGGGAAUCGCACCAAUCAGCCAGAAAUCUUCUGCCUUUCUGGAAGAGGAGGCUGAAGCCCCGAGAGAAGGAGGCCACAGUCAGCAGGGGCUGAGCUGGGGCCAGAGGAGCAGAGCUAAGGUCUUCCCCGGAAAGACCUCCUCUCUGAAACGGGGUGGGGUUGGGCGGAGAGGAGACGGCUUCCUCCCCCCAGUAGGUGGGGGGCUUACCAUCAGGGAACCCCAUCUUCAGGCCAGGUCAGACAUUGAGUGUACCCCAAAUGGGGGUCAGGGAGCAGUCCUGCAGCCCAGAGUCAUUUCCUGCCAUUGCCUACUUCCUCUCCCCACACCACCUUGCUGAACUGUGGUCAGGCAAAAGCAAGGACUCAGGCAGGGUCUGAGAGAUUAGAAAUGGCGACUGCAGCUAAGCAGGGCAUCAGGACUUGUCUUUCCCACUUACAUCUCCAUUCCUGCCCCUCCUCUGAGGCCCACCGUCUGGUGAAUUAUCCAGAUUCUGCACAAGGUGUGGCUUCCUCUCAAUUCAACAAACAUUUCCUGAACACCCACUACAGCAACACAGCCAGAGGGCGAUGGUGACUUUGCCAGCAAGGGGGAGGGCAGAAGCCCAGUCACUGGGCAAAUCAAGGCAGCCCAGCAGGAGCCCUUGGCUGUCAGUGCCCGACAGGGGACAGGGGCUGGGGAUGGCGGUAGCAGCCCAAAGGGAACCAUCCUACCUCUGCUAGCAAAAGCAGGUGCCCCUCCCUCUCUCAGUGUGCACCCUCUGCCCCAAGGCCUUGCCUGGAUCUCCCCAUGUGGCCCCCUCUGCUCCCUUCCCCUUCGGCCUGCAGUGGUUGCUCCUGUGUGCUGACGGGGCCUCCCUAGGUUCUCCAGGGAGUGUCUGGAUUGCCCCCCAGAUUUCUCUAUUGUCGAAGUGAGGCCUUAACCAUGAGGUCGCAACCUGGGCUUCCUCACUGGCUCUCAUUCCACCUGCCCCAACGAUUCAAGAAGCGUGAGGAGGGGAUCAGAUUGUUUAAAGCAGUGCUUCUUACAUGUGAAGGUGCAGAGUAAUGCAGAUUCUCACGCAGUAGGUCUGGGGUGGGCUUGAGAAUAUGCAUUUCUACUGCUCCUCCAGGUGAUGCUUAUGCUGCUGGUGCCCGACCACACUUUGAGCAGUAAGGGUUUGGACUAACAGACGUGGAGGGCUGGGGCAAAGACAGACAACACUCUCACUGCUUGGGGCUGGCUAGGCUGAGGAUGGGGCGGUGCUGCCUCCGCUGGUGGGACCCGCUGGGCUUCAGAGCUGGGUGGGAAACUGAGGCAGCUGGGAAGAUGCUUGAAAGGUCGGUGAGUGGUGGUGCCAGCUUCCCAUAGUAUAGAGUGAGAAAGCUGGCUGGGAUGAGGGGCAGCAGGUGGAAGAGCUUGGCGUGGGGUUGGUCAAAGGGAUUUUGGAAAGACUUGGGAACAUUCCUGUGCGUGCGAGAGGGAGACCCCUGUGAUGAGAGAGGCAAGGAUGAAAGAGUCCCAGUUCAAGUCUUCUUCUUGCCUUCCAGUCACACAAAUAUGGCUUCAGAGCACGGCUCUGGUUCUGGCACCCAUGACUCCCCAGGAUGGGCCUGGGGCGGAGCAGGUGCAGGCAGGGCCCUUGACUGCAGGUGUUUCCAAAAAUAACUGUGGCCGAGGACUCAAAUUCUAAGAUUCACAAACUGCUACCAACCCCCAGCACCUCCAACUGCACGCAUGCUCUGGCAGCUCUGAUUCGACCCUCGCAGCAGGACAUAAUCUAAAGAGAAAGCUGGGCAGAAGGGCCACAGAGAGACAGGGCUUCUCUCCCUGCGGGGAACAUUCAGAAGGACCUUAGGAGAAAGGAUGUCAUAGGAGCCACUGGGGGCUGGAGAGAAUGAAGACUGGUACAGGACAUCUUCACUGGAGGAAGAUUAUAGGGCCAGGCGAGUAUCCCUGAGCUUUAAUUUUAAAAAAGCAAGCCCUUCUCCAGACUAAAGGGAGCCAGCAGCCACAGGGCCACCCCCCUGCUCCUGGGUGGAGCCAGAGAUGGAGCAGAAGGGAAACAUGGGGAGACACCCCACCACAAACCUCGGGGUCACGGGAGGCUGUUUUUCUCUCUUCCUGGAUCCUUCCUUUUGGAAUCCUUUCUCCUCUCCAACUAACAAACAAGAUUGCUUGAAAAGUUGGGGAGUUCUUCACGAGGCGUGAGUAUCAGGAACCCAGGCACAGAGCUGAAGGAAAAGAGAAGGGAGGGCACAGGAGGUAGCAGAAAGCCAGUAGGGACAUGACAGCUUUACCAAAGGCUCCAAACAAGGAGAGCAGAAGAGGCAGAAGGCGUCCCUGCCCGGGCCCAAACCCCUUCACAGAGGGGAGCAGCAAAGGGCACUGCAGGGGAGGCCAGUUUUCUGAGGAUAAGCAGCAUGGCAGAGCCGCACAGACACAGGUCUUAGAAUCCGACAGGCUGAACCUGAAUCCUGCUUGCCAUCGACUAGCUGGAUGACCUUGGUCAAUUUAAGCUUGAAAAGCCUCAGUUUUCUUAUCUACAACAUAGGGCUAGUAAUACCUUGAAAGGUUGUUCAGAAAACGAAAGCUAAUAGUAUGAGAAAUACGCCCAGCACACUGUAGGCAUUCUAUUAACAGCAGCCUAAAGGCACUUAGUAAAUAUCUGUGGAAUAAAUGAAGUAGCUAUUUGGUGUGA